UCUGAAUAUGGGCUUUGGACGUCAAGGUCCAGGCAUGCGUGGACUACCGGAUAGUGCAGUAGGGCCAUUCAUUUCGCUCCGUGAGGUCAUAGAUUUAGGACGAUGUCUAGACAUUGCGCCAGACUCGGCACGCACUACUGUCUUGGCGGGACGGAACGGGGGACAGCAGGGGCUAGAGACGGUAUCGAGAUCGCCACGACGACAAACGCCACGACGAGAAGAGAACACUUCUGAAAAUGGUACGCGAAGUCGCAAUAAGUCCUCGAAAAGAAAAGACGAAAUUCUCUCUAUGAAAGCGGCUUCUUUUCGUCCGCAGUCUUCCGCUUCGCUAAAGAGGACAGGAAUACGAGGAAUCCAGUCAGCUCUCGGUGCGAGACGUCGUCAGAAAUUGA